AUGGCCGAGAGCUUCACACGCUUCCUGCCGGGGCUGCGCAGCAGCAACAGCAGCGUGCGGCACCGCGCGGCGCAGAGCUUGCGGCUGUACAUCGAGUCCGAGUCGCGCGAUCUGUCGCACGGACUCUACAUGAAGUGGGUCACGGACAUCAGCGCGCGCCUCAUGCUGCUGUGCAAUUCGAACGAGAGCGCGGACCGCAUGGGCGGCAUCGCCGCCAUGGACGAGCUCGUGGAGCUCUUCAUCGCCGAGCGCAACGACCAGACCAUCAUCGAGUUCGCGCACUCGCUCACCAAAGUCUUCGAGAAGAUCCCGAGCGCCGACCCGCCCAUGCUGCGCGUCGCGGCCAAGGCGCUGGGCCACAUCGUGUCCACAGGCGGCACCAGCCUCAUCGAGUUCGUGGAGGACUACCACGUCAAGCCGGCGCUCGAGUGGCUCAAGAACGAGACGUUCCACGUCCGCAGACACGCCGCCGUCAUGAUUCUGAAGGAGCUGUCCAUCAACGCGCCCUCCACGUCCUUCAGAUACAUGGACAAGUACUUCGACUUCAUCUGGAGCGCCUUCUGGGACUCGAAGCUCGUGGUGCGCGUGAGUGCGAGCGAGUCGCUGCAGACGUGCUUCAUGCUCAUCCAGCAGCGCGAGUCCAACCGCAAGACGUCGUGGUACAACCGUGCGCUGGAUGAAGCGGAAAGCGCCUUCAAGCGCAACAGCUCGGACGCCACGCACGGCGCGCUGCUCAUCCUGAACGAGUUGCUGCGGAACACGGGGGACUUCAUGCACUCGCACUACCCGCGGGCGUGCCGACUCGUGUUCAGCCACCAGGAUCACAAGAGCGCCACUGUGCGCUCGGCUGUGAUCAGUCUUUUCCCGCGGCUGGCGAAGUUUAACACCUCGGUGUUUGUGGAGAAGUAUUAUCGCCCGUGUAUGAACCACUUGCUGGAAGUGCUUUUCUCGGCUACGACGACAACGCGCCCGGACGCUCUGCUUUCGAUUGGAAAGCUUUCGCUGGCAAUUGGACCGCUGAUGGCUAGGGACGAACAGGCAUUGAUGGCGAUUAUGAACGGUAUUAAAGGUGGACUGCAGGUGCGCAGGAAAGAUUUCGACACCCACCGAGAGGCACUCGCGUGUCUACGCAUGCUAGCGGAGACGGUGGGGCCCGCGCUUAUCAGAGUUGACUUGGAGUCUAUGGUCGGGCCGCUUUUUCAAAAUGAUCUGGAUACCUCACUGGUGGAGACGCUGACGACUAUCGUGAAGAAAAUCCCGCCGAUGAAACCAAUUAUUCAGCAGAAGUUGUUCGAAAGAUUGAGCUCGAUUUUGCGCUCGAGCCAAAAGGACAUCACUGGGUCUGCUACGACGCCAACCAGUAGGAAGCUCAAAACCGCCUCGAUCUCAGUGACAAGUGGAAUGCUGUCCAACCUGUUCUACUCCGCCACGGGAUCUAAGGCCAAUGGAGCGUCAGAAAAUGGGGCCCCGUCUGCAGAGGUCUCGCCCGCAAUCGCGAUGCAGGCGCUCGCAUUGGAGACGCUGGCUAACUUCGACUUCCAGGGCAACAGACUCAUCCCGAUUAUGUCGUUUGUUCACGAAACAGUAGUGAAGUUCCUCGACCACGAGGUUGCAACGAUCCGUAAGAGUGCGGCACUUACGUGUUGUAAGCUUCUUCUGCCACCAGGCGAAGAUCGCGGUGGGAGCACGGCGAUGACUUCGGAAGAUUUUGCUCGACCUGUUACGUCAGUGCUGGAACGGUUACUGACAGUGGGUAUCGCUGAUACUGAAGCAAGUAUUCGUCUGCGGGUUUUGGCUUCGCUGGAUUCACGUUUUGACCCGCUCCUCGCUCUCAACGACAACUUGCGGUGCCUUUUUAUUGCUUUGAAUGAUGAAGUCUUCAGCAUCAGGCAAACGGCAAUGAGUACGCUUGGACGACUCACGCACCACAACCCAUCAACUGUAUUGCCAUCGCUUCGGCAAACAUUAGUACAACUUUUGGCUGAGUUGGAAUUCAGUGGAGACUCUCGUGGUAAGGAAGAAGGUGCGCUUUUGAUCGGCUGUCUGCUUCGGUCAGCAUCACAGCUUGCCCAGCCGUACGUCCUUCCGAUUCUCCGCGUUUUGAUGAAAAAUCUGCGAGAAGACUCAGAGCGCCGUAGCCACAGUCGAAGCACAGUCAGUGUCAGCAAGGCCAUAUUGGCAACUUUGGGAGACUUGGCAGAGGUGGGAGCCCAAGAACUGACGCCGUACCUCGGACAACUGUUGCCAGACGUUAUUGAUGAGAUGCGCGACUCAAGCAACCCUCAGAUUUUGCAAGUUGCAAUUAAAACGCUCGGUCAGUUGGUAUCAUCGACUGGAUAUGUGGUGCUGCCGUAUCACGAGUAUCCGGAGCUGCUGGACUUGCUGUGCCAAGCUCUGCAGAAGUCAGGUGACGCUUUCGAAUCUUUGCGGAUUGAAGCAGGACGUACGCUUGGUGUCUUGGGUGCGUUGGACCCGUAUAAUCUCCGUUUGUUCCACCUGCAGAAGCAAGGCAAACUUACAGACGCGAAGAAAAAAGAGUUUCGCUCGAGUGCCUUGGCCCUUGGUGCUGGUGGGGUAUUUAGCCUGAUGGCUAGCAAUGCGGCUAACCCUGCAGAAAAACUGACGAAUGGAUUUGGUUCCGCAUCAAACACGAAUGGAGCUGUCAUUGGAAUUCGAAUUGGUAAUGGAUAUGGCGGGCUUGGAGUUCUCGAUGGAAGCGGUGAAGAAGAUGCUCAGCAGCUUGGAGAAUCACUCCUGUUGACACCCGCGCGAAAGGUUGCGAAAAAUGACAAGCAAACAAGCGGUAAGCUGACCAACAUUAUUCUGGAAGUUCCGCCCGACGAUUUACUGCCGUCAAUGAUCCCCGAUUCGACGCAGUAUUUCCCGACGGUUGCGAUCAAUGCGUUGAUCCGUAUUCUGCUCGAACCUCGCAACUCGGUUCAUUACCAGGGUACAUUUAUGGCUAUCAUGUACAUUUGCAAAAGUCAGAGGAAGCGUAUGGGGCAGCACCUGGACAAAAUUAUUCCAGCCUUCCUGUACGCUUUGGAGAAGGUAAACCGUUCGCUACGCAAGUUCCUUUUCGAACAGCUAUGCGACUUGGUGCAGAUUGUGGAAGAGCAGAUCCAGCCACAUUUGGAUCAGGUAGCACUGCUUUCUAUCGUUCACGGCUAUUGGGAUGAGCAUCUGGAGGAGGUUCUCAAUCUGGUCAAGAAGCUGGCAAACUCUCUUGGUGAAAAUUUCCGAGUGUACUUACCUGAUCUCGUCCCUCAAAUGCUACGAGUAAUUCGCACAGAGCGCGACAAUCCGGCAAGGCCGCGGACGCUAUUGGUGUUGAAAACUGCUGUAUCUCUCGGGCGACUGCUUGAUGGAUAUCUUCACUUGAUCAUCCCAGCCCUCGUAGCGCUGAUCCAGAGCGAUGCUGACAUUAACGCCAGGAAACAAGGUCUCGGGUCGCUCGGGUCGCUCGUGAAAAAGCUUAACGUGAGCGUAUACGCCUCGAAAAUCAUUCACAUGCUGGCUCGUGUGAUUUCAUCGCAGCCGGAGAUGGUCUACCUCGCAAUGGACUGCCUCUGCUGUAUGGUUUACACGAUGGGCGAUGACUACGCGAUCUUCGUCCCUGUCAUUAGCCAGGUUCUGGGCCGCCAUACAUCGCGUUCGAAUGAUAUUUUUGAUCGGUAUGACUUGCUCGUAUCGAAGAUUUUGAAGUACCAACCGCUCCCCGUGGCUUCGUGGGCAACAGACCCUCUGAAAUCGCGUAUCGAUGCAUCGAGUGAUCACAAGGACUCGGGUUCUUCUGCCCAAGAUGAAACCAAGAGUUUGCCGUGCGACCAGAAAAACUUGAUGAAGGCCUGGGAAGCGUCACAACGAUCUACAAAGGAGGACUGGAACGAAUGGAUUCUGGCAUUUUCUGUUGAACUGCUCCGUGAGUCUCCAUCGCCUGUUCUACGCGCCUGUAAGGAGCUCGCGUCGGUGUACCAGCCUCUAGCGCGAGAGCUCUUUAACGCCUCAUUCGUGAGCGUGUGGUCACAUCUAUCGUCUUCUACUCAGGACAACUUGAUUCGCUCUCUGGAGUCUGCUUUCCAAUCGCCGCACCUCCCGUCUGAAAUUUUGCAGACGCUGCUGAACCUGGCUGAGUUUAUGGAGCACGAUGACCAACCCCUCCCGAUUGAUAUUCGAUUGCUCGGAUCUUUGGCCGACAAGUGUCACUCUUUCGCGAAGGCUCUUCACUACAAGGAGCUUGAGUUCAACACUAACCCAAGUACUGAUGGUAUUCAAGCGCUUAUCAGUAUCAACUCGAAACUGAACCAACCGGAGGCCGCACGAGGCAUCCUGAAGUACGCGUUGGAAAAGUUGCCAGGCAUUGAAGUCAAGGCUUCGUGGCACGAAAAGCUACUGCGGUGGGAUGAUGCGUUGGCAACACACGAUCGUGUACUCCUAGAAGACCCGAACAACGUCGAGGCCAUCUUCGGCAAAAUGCGGUGUCUGUGGGCCAUUGGCGAGUGGCGCAAGCUUAAUGAUCACGUACAGGAGACCUGGUCCAAAAUCUAUGGCGAAGGACAAGACUUGAACGGUGAGCAGGAGGAUGGCGAAAAGCUGUUGGAUGUUCCCCCGGCACUGAAAAAGGAGCUGUGUAGUAGUGGUGCGCGUGUUGCAUUUUCGUUGCAGAAUUGGGACUCGAUCCCGAAGUUCAUCAACUCGGACAUGGAUGCUACUGAGUCGCAUCUUUUCAAGGCCGUCGUGACUAUUCGUCGUAUGGAGCUGGACGAGGCUAUGAGCUCUAUAGCCGAUUGUCGGAAAGAGAUGGACCCGACGUUGCGUUCUCUUGUAAGUGAGAGCUACGCUCGCGCGUAUCUUCCGGCUGUCGUAAAUCUGCAGAUGCUCACUGAGCUGGAGGAAAUUGUCGCCUAUCUGAAGACUUUUGCCUACAAGAACAAUGGGGAGUUGAUGCUGUUGUCCGUUCCUGCAUCAUCGUCGUCAACGUCGACGACGACGUCGCGUCGUAAGCAGAGUAUCAGUAGCCUCAACUUUGUGUCAGCAUCGCCAUCGACGUCAUAUGGACAUGAGAAGCAAGUGGCACUAAAAAAGUUGCAGACAAUUUGGACAAGGCGUAUGCUGGGCGUGGAGCGCAACAUUGAGGUGUGGCAGAACCUCAUGCUGGUGCGAUCUCUUGUGUUCGACCCGAGAGAAGACGUGGAUAUUUGGCUGAAGUAUGCCCGCCUGUGUCUCAAAUCGGGUCAUGUCAACCUUGCUGCAAGCGCACUGUUGCGUGUUGGUGCACAACCGUUUAUCCGAAGUGUGGAACGAGAUCCUUACGCGCCGAUCCCGAUCAAUCUAGGCGGUAAUGCUGGAGCAAGCCAGGGCUUUGCGAAUGGAUUGUUGAGUCUAGCGGACAGUGCGGCUCAGGACCCACGUGUGGCGUUCAGUUACUUGAGGCACUUGUGGGCUGAGAACCGCGAGGAUGUGGCUCUGAAGCAGAUGGAUUACUUCAUCGAGGCGCUCGAGCAACACGGAGAUCCAACAAACGAGGAUAUGCGCAAGUUGCGUGUGCAGGUGUACAUUCAACUGGGUGAAUGGCAGAUGUCGCUAGCAGAACCACACAAGCAGGCUGAUGGUGCAUUCGACCACGUGCUGGAGUGUCUCGAGACAGCAACUAAGCUGGAUCCGACCAAUGAUCGGGCUUGGCAUGAGUGGGCACUCAUGAAUUUCCGAGCGCUGGAAGCUAUUGUAAAGGACCCAAGUCAAGGAGACUCGAAGCGAUAUGCGGUUCGAGCCAUCCAGGGAUUCUUCCGCUCUAUCUCGUUUGGCCACACGAGCUAUGACGUGACGAAAGACGUGUUGCGUUUGCUGACGCUUUGGUUUGCGUAUGGCAGUCGUAGUGACGUGCAUAUGGCGAUGAUCGAAGGCUUCCAGGAGGCGUCUGUUGAUACGUGGUUGGAUGUGAUCCCGCAGCUUAUUGCGCGUAUUGAUACGCCCAAUCUGAAGACAAGCGAGCUUCUUCACGAUCUGCUAUCUCGAAUUGGACAAGCACACCCUCAGGCGCUAAUUUACCCGAUCACGGUGGCCUCGAAGGCACUAAACCCGACGCGAAAGCAAGCUGCUGAAGGAAUUCUUGCUGCCGUCCGGCGACACAGUUCUCAGCUGGUGUAUGAGGCUGACAUGGUGUCUCGUGAACUCAUCCGUGUGGCUAUCCUAUGGAAUGAGCUCUGGCACGGUGCUCUGGAAGAAGCGUCCAAGCACUUCUUCAACAAUCGUGAUGUGACUGCCAUGAUUGCUGAGUUAGCACCACUCCACGAACUAAUGUCUAAAAUCGGUACAGAGGAGGCACCAACGCUGCGCGAGGUGGCAUUCUACCAGGCGUUUGCUCGGGAUCUUCAAUAUGCCAAGGAAUGGACCAAUGUGUACGAGCGUACUAAGAGUCUUGACGAUCUGAAUCAAGCCUGGGACAUCUAUUACAACGUAUUCUCGAAGAUCCGGAAGCAAUUGGCGAACCUUUCGACGCUUGAGCUGGCCAACGUUGGACCGAAGUUGCUGUCAGUGCGCAACCUCUCGCUCGCAGUACCCGGCACAUACAAGGCUGGCGCCCCGAUCGUUCGUAUUCAGACGUUCGACACGAAGGUGACGGUGCUAACGUCAAAGCAGCGACCCCGCAGGGUGUCGAUCAAUGGCAGUGACGGGAAAGCCUAUCCUUUCCUGCUUAAGGGCCACGAGGAUUUACGUCAGGACGAGCGUGUGAUGCAGCUCUUUGGUGUCAUCAACACGCUGCUCGCGAACGACAGCGACACCAGCAAGCGCAACCUCGCGAUCGAGCGGUAUUCGGUACUCCCGCUGUCGCAUACCAGUGGUCUCAUUGGUUGGGUGCCUAAUUGUGAUACAUUGCACCAGCUCAUCCGCGACUACCGUGAGGCCCGCAAGAUUCAGCUGAAUGUGGAGCACCGCCUUAUGGUGCAAAUGGCGCCGGACUACGACAAGCUACCGCUUAUGCAGAAGGUUGAGGCUUUCAAGUAUGCGCUAGGCGAGACCACCGGUCAGGAUCUGUAUCGUGUGUUGUGGUUGAAGAGCCAAGACUCGGAAGUAUGGCUGGACCGCCGCCGGAACUUCACCCGAUCGCUGGCUGUCAUGUCGAUGGCUGGCUACAUUCUUGGUCUAGGCGAUCGUCACCCGAGCAACCUCAUGCUGGAUCGUGUAUCGGGUAAACUGGUGCACAUCGACUUCGGCGAUUGUUUCGAGGUAGCAAUGGAGCGUGACAAGUACCCCGAGAAGAUCCCGUUCCGCCUUACGCGCAUGCUCACGCAGGCGAUGGAGGUCAGCGGUAUUGAAGGCAACUUCCGGUACACGUGCGAGGCUUCAAUGCGAGUGCUUCGUGACAACCGCGACUCGCUCAUGGCCGUGCUGGAGGCAUUCGUGUACGACCCGCUGAUCAACUGGCGCUUACUCAAGAAAGACACACUACCUUCUCAUGCCCAGCCUGAAGAAGACGGUGGUGCUGGACGCGGAGGAGAAGGAGGCGCUGGUGACGGUGCUGAUGGCAACGGCGACAGGAACUCUGGACGCGCUGGGCACGAAGACGGAGAUGAUGGCCACGAUGCUGACGGAGAAGGAGACGCAACGAACGCUGAAGAGGACAAGUUGGGAGAAGGCAGCAUGAAGAGCUCAACGUCGUCCGCCCCUGUGACCCCAAGAAGGCGACGACACUCGUCUUCCGAGGCGGCAAUGCUGGGCUACAACAUGGACAUCCUGGACCCGGCGCUGGCGCGGAACUCGAUCUCGGAGGCGCAGCGCGACAACUUCGGCACGUCGUUCGUGGCGACCGAGCACCCGCAGCUGAACGAGAAGGCGCUGAGCGUCGUGGACCGCGUCAAAAAGAAGCUGGCGGGCCGUGAUUUCGACGACGGCAGCAAGGUCCUCUUGGUGGACGCGCAGGUCGACCGACUGAUCCACCAGGCCACGUCGCACGAGAACCUGUGCCAGCUCUACUACGGCUGGUGUCCGUUCUGGUAG